ACUGCAUAAUGUUAAAAAAAAAACCUACUCGUGAUCCAGGGUACGUCUUGAUCUUUGGAUACUCGGCAUCGAAAGCGAGAGAUCUUCGCCGUCUACCUGUGGGUAGGACGCUGCCAUCGUAGGAAGGUCAGCGGGUUCAGCGUCGGUUGGUUGUAGUAACUGGAGUGGUGAUUCGCUAAAGAUGGUGAAGAGCACGAAAACUGUCGGACUGGAGUCGGUCCCGAAAAUUCGAAGUGCACGGAGUCAGGACCAAGAGUCAAAGGGGAGCUAUACACUAUAUGAGGAAUCCAAAAUGUGAACCAGGGAGUCAAGGCUAGGCCAUGCAGGUGUCACCAGUGGCGCCGAAUCACCCGGGAUACAGAUGCCCUUCGUUUCAGUCUCAGCCUCGCAUCAGAUAUUCUUUAACGGGGGUACCUCACUGGCUGUACACAUAUCUACGAAAGCUCAUGCACUCGAUCGAGAGUUGCCGCAGUACAUCACGUCUCGACAAACUCACCCCUCUUUAUGCAGAAAUGAUGGCUUCUGAACUUUUCAAAUGCGACACCUGUUCUAAGUCGUUCGAUACCCUUGGAAGGUUCAAUCAGCAUAAGAAAACGCAUUCUAAGCCGUUUGGAUGCGAGAUUUGUCAUCGCGGAUUUGCGCUCCGUCUAGACCUCAAUCGACAUGUCAAAGCUCGUCAUCGCGUUGGACACGAGAAGUAUCGUUGUCAUAUUGAGCAUUGCCAGUUUCGAACAAUUCGCAAGGACCACCUGAGCCGACAUUUGUCAAAAAUUCAUGGAAACCCCUCCAAGACACGUAAAGAGGCAAGUUCGCUAGAUAUCAAUGAUCCUGCACCCCGGUCCUCGCCUCUUUCGUCGACCAAGCUCGGUCACACCGGGUACCUCCAUACCUGCUCGACAUUUAUGCAGGCAGCAAGUCUGGGCAAUAUAACCCUCCUCGAAGCGGCCUUGGACGCGGGAAUAGCACUGGAGACGAUAGCAAACGACGGCUCCACUGCGCUGCACUGUGCCGCGAGAGCAGGUCAGGCUAUGUCAGUCCAAUACUUGCUCGAAAAAGGUGCCAACGCGGAGAGGCGGAAUGACAAAGGCAGAAUACCUUUGUAUGAGGCUCUGCUGAGUCAGAAUCCCGGUACCGUCAACGUACUGUUGCAUGGAACGGCAGAAAUUAUAAAUCUCGACAGUAUCGAGUACUACCUAGCACGAUCUGGAAGUAUCGAAGUAUUGCAGGUCUAUAUUAAGCACCCAAGAACGACCUUCGCAAGUCAUAACGCCCAGAAUCUACUCACCGCUGCAUCAAAAAUGGGACAAACCUCUAUAGUUGCUGCGAUGCUUCAACACUCAGAUAUCGAUGUCAACAAGAAAGACCCUACAGGAAACGCGCCAAUACAUCAAGCAGCGCGGUACGGGUUCAUCGAGGUCAUGCAGUUGCUUCUGUCUUCUCAAGGGAUUGAUCUAAAUGUUCAGACGCGCGUGAACAGAUUAACUCCACUCUAUAUCGCUGUAUUGAAGGGACACUUCGAUAUUUUCCGGCUAUUGCUCGACCAAGUAGCCGCCGUGGCCAAUCCUGCUGCUUCUACCGACUGUAUAUCUCCCCUUUUGGUGCCUAUCCAAGGUCAUCCGAAUGUUGUGAAGAGUUUAAUUAGUCAAGACGGUAUCGACAUCAACUGUAAAAACAAGAAUUUGCAGACACCGUUGCACCUAGCCGCUUCACAAGGUUGUACGAAUUUUGUAAAGCAUUUGUGUCGUCAAGAUAAUGUCGAAACAAGUUGCAAAGACAAGUUUUUGCAGACACCAUUGCAUCUAGCAGCCUCACAAGGUCAUGUGGAGGCUGUUAAGUGUUUGAUCAGAUUCGCCGAUUCUGGGUGUACGGAUGAUAACAAACAGACUGCUGUACAUCUAACGGCCUUCAAUGGACACUGGGAAACGGUUCAUACGUUACUUGAACACCAGGGGUACCCCAUGAAAUGUACCAACAUGCCAGAUCAAGCCUCGCUGAUGAAAGAAAUCGACAAGACGGAGGUAAUCAGAAGGCUACUACGUCGCGCGGACUUUCAGGAUGUAAACUUCAUCGAUAAAUCCCCCAGGUUUAAGGAGACCCUUUUGACCACAGCCGUUCACAGAGGAGAUUGCGAGAUAAUACGAGUCCUACUAGCUCACCCAGAUAUCAACGUCAACAAGAUGAAUAAUAACCGCUACAGCCCCCUAAUGACCGCUGCUUGGUAUAGUCAACUAGAUGCAGGAAGACUCCUUCUUGAGCACAAAGACAUCGACAUAGACUUCAGUAGAGAAGACGGAUACUUCGGGUGUGACUGGACCGCAUUGAAGUAUGCCAGAGAACGCGGUCACAAAGAAUUCGUCAACCUUCUCCUCUACUACGGCGCCACGGACGAUGAAGCUGGCUCUACCACAACUGCCGGAGAAGAAAGCAAUGUUGCAGGCCCCACAAGGCUAGUUGAACUGCAGGAUAACGCUCUUACCAAGCCUGAACUCGAAGCCCAGCCUUAUUCUUUCAUGGAUGAAUACAUAAAUGACGAUCCAAUGUAUGACCUAGAAAUGGCCGAUACUGAAGAUCUGGACAUGACGGCUUAG